AUGCUCACGAUUGCCAAUCUGCGCAUCCAAAGUCAAGAGACUAGCUUCUCCGAUUGGAUAUCUGUAUCGACUCUCGGCCUGGCACCGCUGGUGGCGCAUAUUCUGGCCGGCGCGCCGCAACCUUCCUUCUUGGUCUCGUCCAAGCCGAGAUGGCACGAUAGGAUUUGCGUCUUGAAUCCCACCACCAUCUUGUGCCGCUAUGCCGCCAUCGUGGACAGGCGCAUCCGCGCCCGGGGAGGGCGGUGGGAGCCCGGAGAUGCCGCGGCCGCCAAUGCCAUCUUUUGGACGUGUCAGGGAUGGGUCGGGUCGGACUUGAUGGCCGUCGAGGCCCUCCCGCUGUGUACGCUCUUGCCGGAAUGCGGCACGGUCCGACUACUAUCGACGGAAAUGCUCAAGACCAUUAUUGUCACACUGCAGGGUCUACAAUCCCUCGUGAUGCUCUUGGGCGGCGCCACGGGCACCAUCAUGUACAACCAAUACUUUGGUUUGGACUGGGUAUUCGGCCCCUUGUCCAUCAUGGGGUUGCUCCGGCUUUUUGCGGCGCCUUGGUUGACGUCGGAUUUCAUGUACUCGAUACGAACUGCUGGUACCGGUUCCGCAGCCCCGGAUCGCUCGAGGCAUUCCGUUGACAGCUUAUGCAUCACGUCUGAAGAAAAGUCGCCCGUGGUGAUCAGAUACCGCUCUUCAUCGUAUCGGCCCAGUCGGUGCUUUCGAGUGCUCUACUUGGGUUUAUUGGCCUCCUGUUGGCUGCUGGCCGUGUGGUGGACAUUUAUCAAGCCCUUCAUACAACCGACCGGCUUGCCUUUGACAUUGUCGGCAUUUAUCACCGGAGCCUUUUACGUAUCUGCCCUCGCCAGCGUUAUCGCCAUCUUCUUUUACUAUUACGUGUGGCACGGGUCAACCUCGACUGUUCUUCCCUGCAUUGGUGAAACGUGGUACAAGGUCUAUACUAUGCUCCUAAUGUCUUUCACGCUGGUGGUCAUUUUGUUGGUCGCUCUCGAAACCUACAAGACUCCCUGUGGAACCUACUCGAGUCUGCCCAGAAAAUGUGCAGAUUUGGUUUGCAAGGUAAGGGAGGGAGAGGUGACGGGGGCUUUUACAGAUUGCUAUUGA